UAAAACAGCAAUAUCGAUUCAUGAUAAAUAGUAUAUGUAUAAGUUCGUCUGGUAGGCUGGUAACGACGGCGCCAAAAGAUCCGCGAUCUGUGUUCUUUUCACGCGCAAAGUAUUACAGAUAAUUGAUUACAAUUUAAUAUUAAAAGAGAAAAGAAUCGACAAUGUCGGCUAUAUGCAAGCAAUCAUUGAAAUCUUUGCAACCGGGAAUGCAGAAUGUGUUCGUUAUCGGUAUAAUUGUGCAUAAUACAAAUAUGAGAACGAUCGAAUCAACGCGAAUGAGAUUUAAUAACGGUGAUCGAGGUGUUUGGUCUUUCACGUUACGCGGUUCUGAUGAAGAUUCGAUAAACGUCACUGUAUGGGGUAGCACCGCAUAUGUAGGCAAUUUGUCUUCCACGUUUCGUAUCGGGAGCAUAGUAGAGCUGAUUAAUCCGAAAGUGAUCGAGCGUAGUCCGGAAGAUAGGAACGAAAGUUUCGUGCCGUGGGUGUCCUCUCCUUGUAGUUUGACGAUAAACGAAGGCACCGCGUUGAUCCAAAACCACGACGCGCCAUCGCGCGCAGACUACGAACCCCUGCUGGCAAUCCCGAUUAGGAACCUGACCGGGUUGCGGACUUUGAAUAGCAUUUUUGAAAACCUGGAGGAACUCUGCGAUCAAUACGUCGACGUCUUGGUCAUCGUCACCUUCAUUAGCGAUGUUCGCAACGUGAUAACGCGCGACGGGAGAAACGCGAGGUUUCGUAGUUUCGAGGCGUUAGAUGACUCUACGGAAAAGGUGGUAUCUUUGACACUCUGGGAAAAUGAUUGGAUCGAAAGAGCGAACGUGUGGGAACCGAAACGAACUGUGAUCCUUCUCGUUGACGCUCGUAUCACUUACAAUAAUUAUAGGAAAAAAAUCGGCUUAUCUAUAGUUAGGAAAACCUUUAUUACGGAGAAUCCUAAUAUACCUCAAACUGAGGCUUUAAAGAACAAGGUGCAGUGUUGCGAGCCCGAUGUGAUGUUCGGAAAUUUCGCGACCCCAAAUCCUGUUUCGAUCAGUACUGUAAUGACUAUACAACAGAUUACAACGAAGUUAAACCAGAAACCGCAACAAGACGAGAGGAUUCAAUUCGCGGCAAUUCUAAAGGCCUACGUGAUGGACAUAAACGUAGAAUGUUUAGAUCCUGGGAUGCUAACCAUCAGAUGCGCGAUGUGUAAAAAGACCGUUCUUGAAAAUCAAGAUUCUUGCAUGAAUCUUGAAUGCCCUGCGGGCAACGGUGCUCGUAAGCCUAUAAACGUGAUGCACCUCAAUUUAAAAGUGAAUUUAAAAGAUGACACAGGUUACUUAGUCGGAUGUCGAUUAUCCGGAGAAGUGGCCGAACGUGUUCUUGGUUGUACGGCUAGCGAGUUUCAGGCAAUGAUAAUACCUGAACGAGAAGUAUUAAAGUGGCAGUACGUGUUAGAAAGAUGUGACGUUCGGUUACAUGUACUUGGUCCGACGUCUAAUUUCACGAACGCUAUUUACAAUAUUUUAUCUAUCCAACGAAUUGGGGAAGAUGAAGGAUAAGUUAUAAAACAUUAUA